CACUGCUCUCACUCAACAGGCACACUCACUCUCUAGACUCACUCCAGACCCGACCCACCCCAUUCCCGGACAAGUAACAACAACAACUCAAGAAAAAUGCACUGUGUGUUUGUGCUGGUGACUCUUGCCCUGUGUGGCACUGGCCUCUGUAACCUUCUGGAGCAGCAGACUGACUUUGGGCUGCGGGUGUUCAGCGAGGCGGCGCGGGCCUCUCCCCACAGCAAUCUGGCCCUCUCCCCAUAUGGCGUCACCUCUGUCCUGGGCAUGGCCCAGCUCGGAGCCUACGGCAAAACACUCCAGACCAUGACCACAAGCAUGGGCUACUCCUUUCAAGAUCGCGGUACGCACCGUCAGCAGCGGCUGCUCCACCGGGACCUGGCCAGCGAGAAGGCCGUGGAGCUGGCCAGCGGCGUCAUGGUGGACAGGAAGCUGCUGCUGGAGAAGAGCUUCCGCCGCAGCCUGGCCAAAGCCUUCCAGGCCAUGCCCAACCAGCUGGACUUCAGCCAGCCCGAGGCCGCCCGCAAGGUCAUCAACUCCUGGGUGUCCGACCACACAGAUGGUAUGAUCCCUCAGUUCCUCCCUACUGGAGCGUUCGGAGACCAGACGCGCCUGGUCCUGCUCAAUGCCAUGCACUUCCACGGCCUUUGGAAGAUGCCCUUCGACCCCAAGGACACUCACGAGAUGCUGUUCCAUGGAGCCAACGGCACCACGAUGUCUGUUCCCAUGAUGAGGCUCACACAGAAGUUCAACUAUGCUGACUUUGUGACCUCAGACGGUGUGGAGUACGACGUGAUCGAGCUUCCUUACGAGGGAGAGUCCCUCAGCAUGCUUCUGGUGUCUCCCUUCGACCCAGACACGCCUCUGUCUGCCCUGAGCGGUGAGCUGCGCAGCUAUCGCCUGAAGGAGUGGAGGCAGGAGAUGAGGAGGGUCAACAGACAGCUCGCUCUGCCCAGGUUUUCUCUGGAUGCAGAAUUGGACCUGAAGUCCGCACUGAGCCAUCUGGGCCUGGGAGACAUCUUCAGCCAAACAAAAGCUGACUUCUCUCGCAUCACCACGGAUGAGCCACUUUGUGUAUCCAAAGUACUCCAGAGAGUAAAGUUGGAGGUCAACGAGGCGGGAACCAAAGGCUCUGCUGCCACGGCUGCUAUCAUCUUCUCUCGAAUGGCAGUGGAGGAGAUCACUCUAGACCGCCCGUUCUACUUCCUCAUCCAGCACAAGCCUACGGGUGUGGUACUAUUCUCGGGUCAAGUCAACCAACCACAGGAACACUGAGGAGGCACUGGGCUGCUGAUGAAAUGGACAGAAUCAAAUGCACAUACUGAAUGAAUCGACAAGCACAAACGUCAAUCAGUUUACUACUGCUAUUUUAACACACAAGAGAUAACGAAACAUCACACAGUUAGGUUUGAAUCCAAACUUUGACAGUUUUUAAUCCUAGGGACUUCUAACUUUGCCCAGCCCAUAUGUUUUGGCGCAAUCACUGCAGCUCUUUUAAAUUAAUAUAUUUUUUUUAGUGCCAAUGGGAUCAGUACAAUGGAAGUCAUAAAGGGAAUCAGCUGUACGUCUAAACAAAGCUUAGUUUACGGUCCAUAACCUAAGUUAGGCUACAAUAUUUUUUACCUUUUUAUUUCGAGCAUUGGUAGGCUGCUACAAUGGGUGUUACACAUCCAUGCAAAGGAUACAGGAUGACUGAAGAUGUAUGUAUUUUUAUGUUUAUUUUAAUGAUGCUUUUUUGUUGAGAAUUUAUAUUGUAUCUGUUUAUAAUGUAUUUUUACACUAUUUAUGAUAAAUAUUUAUUUUCUAAAUAAAACAUGUGUUGAGAGAA